UUGAUAAUAAUAGAGUAAGCAAAACCAUGUGAAGCUUCAUGUGCCAUUGUCUCUCACCAGUGGCCACCAAAUUCUCUUCACCGCCAAAUUUGGAUAUGAAACUUACUACUAACUUUGUAUAUAUACACAUACACAGAAAGCUUUUUACACAAAAUACAAAUCUCAACUGCUGUGUAUUUCUCAAAGUCCUUUAUUCUUUCUUUUAAUUCAUCAUAUAAAGUUACAAAAGUAUCUCACCAUGGGUAUCACAAUGAGUCCCCUUAUUCAAGGUUCUAGAAUCUUGAGGAGGUUUUCAAAUUCCGGAGGUGUUCCAAAAGGUCAUUGUGCAGUAUAUGUAGGAGAGAGUCAGAAGAAGCGAUUCAUCGUGCCAAUAUCAUACUUGAGUCAGCCUUUAUUUCAAGACUUGUUAACUCAAGCUGAAGAACAGUUUGGCUUCGAUCAUCCAAUGGGUGGUCUCACAAUACCUUGCAAAGAGGACGUGUUCGUUGAUCUCACUUCCCACUUGAGGAGAUCA